AUGGCUCCCUCAGUCAACCCCGACAAGGCCGCUGCCCUCGAGGAGAAGAAGUUCCGGUACGACUUCUCCGCAAAGGGUGGCUUUCCGCAGCCUCGCACCUUUGAGGACAAGCGCGAGGAGCGCGAGUACCUCAAGGGCCGGCUCGCAGCCGCCUUUCGCAUCUUUGCCAAGUACGGCCUCAACGAGGGCGUUGCCGGCCACAUCACUCUCCGGGAUCCCGUCGAGCCGGACACGUUUUGGGUGAACCCUCUCGGCGUCUCGUUUGCGCUGAUUAAGCGAUCGGACCUUGUGCGCCUCGACGACGAGGGCAAGGUCAUCGACCACGGCGACUGCAAGCUGGUGAACCAAUCUGCGUUUCUCAUCCACGCCGCCGUCCACCGCGCGCGCCCGGACGUCAUCUGCGCCGCCCACGCGCACUCCUUCUACGGGCGGACCUUUUCCGGCCUCGGCCUGCCCCUCGCCUUCAUCUCGCAGGAUGCCUGCACCUUUUACAACGACAUCGCCCUGUACGACCAGUUCGACGGCAUCGUCCUCGGCGGCAAGGAAGGGGACGCCAUCGCGGAGGCCAUCGGCGGCAAGAAGGCGGCGAUCCUGCGCAACCACGGCCUGCUGACGGCGGGCGCGUCCAUCGAGGCGGCCGUCUUCUGGUUCGUCGCGCUGGAGAGCCUGUGCCACUCGCAGCUGGUGGCGAUGGCGGCGUGCGCGCACCCGGGGACGACGCUCAAGGAGGUCGGGCAUGACGAGGCGCAGGAGACGUUUGAGACGCUCGGGCAGCACGUCACGGCGUGGUUCAGCGCGAAGCCCAUGUUUGACCUGAUUGCGCACGAGACGAAGGAGGACUACCUGGAGUAG